GUCAAAUUUCAAAUGUGAUGCUCGUCGAGCUGUUGGAGCCUCAAAGCUGAAUGAAGCUGCAAAUGACAGUUAACAGAGAUACUUGUGAAUUAUCAUGGCGGCAGACUUUUAAAGGCGUUUGAGGUUAAUCUGUAAUGUUUGUGGAGAUUAAUGAGCUCGCUGAAGGAACAAAUUAGGGAGUCAAACUGCAGCAGUAAGCUAGGUGAGCUGAUGCUAACGUUACUUGAGCAGGAACCGUUGGUUAACUCUGGCUUUUACACCUGAACAAAGUUGAGUCUGAACUGCAGCAGAGUCUCCUGUCUGUGAGCUUGCUUUGUGUUCCAGUUUCACUGAGGUUGAGACUGUUAAACAUGCAGCACCAGGCUGACACACCUGGGCAGGUAUGAACGCUGCUGGGUGGCAGGAACUCAAAAUAAAAAGAGUUUGUCCGAGGAAGAGGUCGAGAGUCAGCCUGAGGACUCACCUGUCACCUGCCAGGAAGAGAGGAGGAGGAGGAGGUACCUGCCUACAGCAAUGUCCCCAACCCUGGAGGCUCAGCAGCAUCAUGGCUGACACACAGGCUGCUGAGUACUGCAGUGACAGUGAGGACUUGUUUGGGGACUAUGACAGCAUCCUGGAGGACAGCUCUCUGCUGGCGAAGCUGGACGACGCAGAGCAGAAGGAGAGGCAACGUGACGUCCAGCGCUCAGCUGAGGGUCGGUCGGACUUCACCACUCUGCGGCCGUCGAGAGACAGCGUCCAGAGACAGUCCUGCGCAGAACUCCUGACGGACUCCAUCUUGGACAGCCUGGGAGACGAACCCUUCGAGGACUUACCGCCCAGCCAGCGUCAGUUUCAAGAACAAGUCCAUGAGAAAGCCAAGAGGAGCAGACUGCAGGACGGAGAUCAGACCUCCACACCUCUCAGAGACACAAAGAUGGAGGAUAAAACCAGGAGUCAAACCAAGACGAGGAGGAGCAUGACGGACCAGCUGAAGAGGACGAUGCUCUGUAACGCAGCAGCGCCCUCUGCUGUCUCACGCUCCGUGGUGCUGAAGGAAGCCGUGGUGUCUGAGGAGAUCAGCGUCGCCAUGCAGGCCAUGGAGACUGUUUCUGCUGAGACCACUGACCUCGGACCUUUCUUUGGACUCCCCACCAAAGUCAAAGACCUGAUGUACAAACUCAGAGGAAUCAAGAGUUUAUAUGACUGGCAGGUGACGUGUCUGAACCUGGAUUGUGUUCAGCGGAGGAAGAACCUGAUCUACUCUCUGCCCACCAGCGGAGGGAAAACUCUUGUAGCAGAGAUCCUCAUCCUCAGAGAGCUGCUGUGCAGGAAGAAGGACUGUCUGUUCGUCUUACCGUACAUAUCGCUGGUGCAGGAGAAGGUGCGAGGGUUGGCGAGUUUUGGCCUGGAGCUGGACUUCAUGGUGGAGGAGUACGCUGGCAGUAAGGGCAGGUUUCCUCCGGUGAAGAGACGAAACAAGAAAUCACUGUACAUCGCUACGAUAGAGAAAGCCCACAGCCUCGUCAACUCUCUGAUAGAGACGGACCGGAUCGACGACCUCGGACUGGUGGUGGUUGAUGAGCUUCACAUGUUGGGUGAUGGCAGCAGAGGAGCUGUUAUUGAAAUGACGCUGGCCAAAGUUCUUUACAUGAACAAAACGACUCAGAUUAUUGGAAUGAGCGCCACGCUGGGAAACAUCAGAGACCUGCAGACGUUUCUGAGGGCUGAAAAUUACACCAAUGACUUCAGGCCUGUCCAGCUGAAGGAGUACGUUAAACUGCAGGACACGAUCUACGAGGUGGAUCCAAAGGAGGAGGAGUGUUUUAGAUUCUCACGUGCUCUCAAUUAUAAGUACUCGAGCUCGAUGCAGAAGAUGGACCCGGAUCACAUCAUCGCUCUGGUGACUGAAGUCAUCCCAACACAUUCAUGUCUGGUUUUCUGCCCCACCAAGAAGAACUGUGAGAACGUCGCCGCCAUGAUCUGCAAAUAUCUGAAAGAGGCGUUCCUGCUGCACAGGGAGGCGGAGAAAGCCGUCCUGCUCAGAGAGCUGAGGGACAGCGGGAACGGCUCGCUGUGUCCGGUGCUCAGGAGGACGGUGCCGUACGGUUUGGCCUAUCAUCACAGCGGACUGACCUCCGAGGAGAGGAAACUGGUGGAGGAGGCCUACUCCAACGGCGUCCUGUGUCUCCUUGCCUGCACCUCCACCCUGGCUGCAGGGGUCAACCUACCUGCCCGCAGAGUGAUCCUGCGCUCGCCGUACAUGGCCACAGACUUCCUGAAGAGGAGCCAGUACAAGCAGAUGGUGGGCCGGGCCGGUCGAGCCGGGAUCGACACCGUGGGAGAGAGUAUCCUCAUCCUGCAGGACAAGGACAGGAACAUGGCUAAAACCCUGGUGUGCGCUCCGAUGGAAAACUGUUACAGUAACCUGAUGCACGACGAUGGAAAAGGCCUCCUGAGUCUCAUCCUGUCACUCAUUGGAUUAAAGAUCACCAGGUCGUUGGAUCAGGUGAGGGACUUCCUGAGUGGGACGCUGCUGUACAUCCAGCAGAGGCAGCUGUGUGUGGAGAAGAGUCUGACGGAGGUGGUGCAGCAGUGUGUCGACCUCCUGAAGGACAAACAACUCAUCAGUGUGACCGAAGACUCUCAGGGUCAAAGUCUGCUCGUCACCAAGCUGGGCAGGGCUACGUAUAAAGGCUCAGUGGAUCUGACCUACAGUGACGUGCUGUACAAAGACCUCUGUAAAGGUCUGGAGGGUCUGCUGCUCAACAGUUACCUGCACCUGGUCUACCUGGUCACACCGUACGACAUGAUCUCACAGUGUAAACCUGACUGGAUGCUCUUCUUCAGACAGUUCACGCUGCUGUCUGUUGCAGAGCAGAAGAUGUCCGCAGCCGUUGGAGUGCCGGAGAGUUUCGUUGCGAGAAAAGCCGCAGGACAGACGGUGAAAAAGACUGUGAGCAUGGACGCUGUGAGGCGGAUGUAUCUGGCCCUGGUGCUGUUUUCUCUGCUGAAGGAGACGAGCCUUUGGAGUGUGGCCGACAAGUUCCAGCUGAGCCGAGGCUUCAUCCAGAGUCUGCUCAGCUCCUCCUCGGCCUUCUGCUCCUGCGUGCUGCACUUCACAGAGGAGCUGGAGGAGUUCUGGCCGUUCAGAGCUCUGCUGACGGAGCUGACGCGGAGGCUGAGCUACUGUGUGACGGCUGAACUCAUCCCUCUGAUGGAGGUGGCUGGAGUCAUGGAGUCCAGAGCGAAGCAGCUUUAUAACGCCGGCUAUAAAACGCUGACUCACCUGGCAAACGCCGACCCGACAGUUCUCUCCAGCACGUUAGAAAACCUGUAUAAGAAACAAGCCAAUCAGAUCGUGGCCUCUGCUAAAAUGACGUCUCUGUGUGUUUCAGAUGCUGCUGAAUGAAAAAGCCGCAGCUCUUCAGGAGGAAGUUGACGAGCUGCUGACGAAGCCUUCGGACCUGCCCACAGCUUAACAACACAUCGCAUCAGAGAAGUUUUAUUCUCUUUGUUUUUAUUGUUUGAAAUAUAUGUCUUA